CGUUUCCCUCUCUUCCGCUCUCCAGAUUCCACUUUGUCUCUGGCCCUUGCGUGGUGUCCACUGCAUGUUUCUCUCUUUGAUCCUCCAUCGCAGAAGUCCCUUGGUGGCAUAUCCCGACUUGCUCCCUUGUUGAAAAGACCGACCAUACACAAACCCAUGUGUUCCCCUGCACGCGGUGGCCCUGAAGCAUAAACCCCUGGCUUGUCGCUGUCAGUGCUUUCGGCAAAAACAAACGGAAAACCAAGUAAUUUCGCAGGAACGACCAUCUGAGACCCGCGCCUCGCCUUGCGUUUCGACUCGGCCAGCCGGCAGCAUUGAAUACCGAGCGACCUUCCUAUCUAUUCCUUGCCCUGCCUGUCCUCCCCCAAACUCGCCAUCCAUCGGUGGUACGAGCCUUUGUUGAGGCAUUCCUGUGAGGACAUGGCCUUGGAUCCCCGUUUCUACAACCACCUCGGCCAUGGCACCGGGCCCAGUUCGCAGUCUUCCAUUACCUCCGCAGCCUCCGCCGUCACCGGGAUAACGAGUCCGUCUCUUCGCUCCACCAAUGCCUCCUCUGCGGCUCUGCGGUCCACGGCGUCCAGCCCUUCCCUGCGCGCCAAGGAAAGUGUGAUCAGGUCCCCGAGUCGCAUGGAUGGGGUGGCUAGUCCGUCGCCGGGGGGCAACGUGCGCGUGGUAGUACGGGUGCGGAAUUUCUUACCCAGAGAAAUUGAGCGCAAUGCUGAGUGUCUGAUCGCCAUGGACCCGAACACGCAAAUGACCAAGUUAAGAGCGCCGCGCAUCAAUCCCCAGGAUGAAGGGAAACCGAAAUCACAGGCCCGAGGGAAGAUCCUGGAGGACAAGUCGUUUAUAUUUGAUAACUCGUUUUGGUCGCAUGAUCAGGAGGACGAGCACUACGCCUACCAGGAGGAUGUGUACAAUUGUCUCGGAGAGGAGUUUCUCGACCACAACUUUGAGGGGUACCACACUUGCAUCUUUGCCUACGGUCAGACAGGUUCUGGAAAGAGUUACACGAUGAUGGGAACCCCAGAUCAACCGGGACUGAUACCGCGCACCUGCGAGGAUCUGUUCCAGCGCAUUGAGGGCGCACAGACGGCUGAUAUGAGUUUCAACGUCCGCGUGUCCUACUUUGAGGUUUACAAUGAGCAUGUGCGCGACUUGCUAGUUCCCCGGACGGAUCCUCCGCACUAUCUUCGCAUUCGCGAAUCGCCGUCAGAGGGGCCCUAUAUCAAAGAUCUCACAGAGGUGUCAGUGCGAAACUUUGCGGAACUCAUGAAGUCCAUGCGCAAGGGCGACGUGUCGCGAACUGUUGCAAGCACCAAGAUGAAUGACACUUCCUCGCGUUCCCAUGCAGUGUUCACCAUUACCCUAAAGCAGAUCCACCACGACCUUUCCACGGACGAAACUACAGAGCGUACGGCGCGUAUUCGACUCGUCGAUCUGGCGGGUUCUGAACGAGCCAAGUCUACCGAAGCGACGGGCCAGCGACUGCGUGAGGGAUCAAACAUCAAUAAGUCACUAACGACACUAGGUCGGGUCAUUGCAGCGCUCGCAGAUCCCAAACAAGGCCGCCAGGGGAAACGCAAAGGCAAAGAUGUCGUGCCCUAUCGGGAUUCGAUCCUCACCUGGUUGCUGAAAGACAGUUUGGGCGGUAACUCGAAGACAGCCAUGAUCGCAUGUAUUUCGCCAUCAGACUACGACGAAACUCUAUCGACACUGCGAUAUGCAGACCAGGCCAAGCACAUUCGCACGCGGGCCCGAGUAAACCAGGAUCACCUGUCCGCUGAAGAAAGGGAUAAACAGAUCGCAGAAAUGGCGGAGACGAUUCGCACGCUGCAACUCAGUGUCAGUCUUGCCACAGCCAACAAAAGGGAAACCGAUAUGCAAAAUGAGAAACUGGAGGACUAUCAGCAGAAAGUGGAGAAACUCCAACGAAUGCAGGAGGAGACCAAGAUGGUCAGCGAGUGCAAGAUUAAACAGCUACAGACCGAGAACGAAGCGCUUCGCAACCAUCUCAAGCUCGCACUCGAUAGUUUAAAGAACCCAAUUCCUCCGGUGACCCUCGAAAAACGGAGCACCAGUCUGAGCACUGUAAGCGAAAACGACAGCUACAUGUCUCGAGGUAAGGAGAACCGUCCCGGAUCACCGACAUCAGACGUCGAAACCGAACCAGACCUGGUCUGGGAAGAUGACGAGGAUACGAUCCGUAUCAACGAUAAUCAGCUGGAAGUUCAAGACAUGCAAUCGCACAUGGAGGAUCUCCUCAUGGACCUCAGCCUUUUCAAACGCAAGCUGGCGUCAGACCAUGAACGAUUCCGAGCGGUCCAGGGACAUCCGAGUCGCAAACGCCGACGAGCUCUGGGCGACAUCUGGACCAAUACCCGGUAGGUCUUGUUGGGCAGCAGCUUGGGUGGCUUUUGUUGGUUUGGGCUUACGGCGCACUGCGAUCGGAGUUUUGUUCUUAUUGGUUCUGGUGGAUGAACAGCGGAUGGAGAGGCCAUGAUACCCUGACCUUUUUUUCCUGGCAGCUAGAGGCUGUCUAUUGUCUUGGGAGGUCAUUUGUUGCAUGCACUUUUGUCUUUUUCUCGAGUGUUUUGCUUUUUUUGAUCCUUGCCUUCUUCUUUACUUCUUGUGACUUUUUUGGCCUGACGAAAUGACGAGAUGAAUGUAUGCCAUAAUUCUAUGAGGCAUGAC